AUGAAGAAAUGUAUUUUCAGUUGGACGAAAGCAGUUGUUUUGAAAUUGAAGACUGAAGAGUUUAGUGAACAAGAAGGUGAGAUUUUUCAAGAGCCGUUACCAGAAAUUUUGCUACAGUCACCGUCAUCGUCACUUGACAUUGCACCUGAUUAUUUGGACGACGUUCCUGUAAGUAGCUUGCAACGCGGAUAUUAUUUAGGAAAAGAUGGUAUGACGAAGUGGGCUGUCACAGAACCAUCUCAGCGUGUUCGAACUCGUUCACACAAUAUCGUGUUAGAAGCUCCAGGACCAGAACCAAAAGGUGCCGCCAGGCUGUGCCUAAAUAUUGUUGAUGCAUGGAAUUUAAUUUUUCUUAGUGAAGACUUACAACUUAUCGUUGACUGCACCAAUCUAUAUAUCGAUAAGCGCAAAAAAAAUUACCAAAGAAUUAGAGACUGCAAACAUACCGACGUAACAGAGAUCAGAGCUUUAUUUGGCUUACUGUACUUCAUUGGCACACUUCGAGGAGCCCAUUUGAAUACUGAAUAUCUUUGGGCUUCUGAUGGCACUGGUUCUGAUGUUUGCUUGGUUAUAAUAUCUCUAUCUCGGUUUCAUUUUCUUCUUGCAUGCAUAAGAUUUGAUAAUAUUCACACACGCAUGGAAAGACGUGAGCAUGAUAAACUAACACCGAUUAGAGAAGUUAUUAACAAUUUUUUACCAGAAUAA